AUGCGUCACGCGUCGCUCCGCUUCUUCCUCCUCGUAUUUGUGCCAAUGUACGCGCGGCAGGCCACCGGUUGCGCUUUCUGCGAGACACUGUCCCAGCAACAGUUGCAGCUGCGCCAGCUACAUCAAUUGUCCCAGCAGCAGCAACAGCAGGGGUACAAGACGAUCGGCAGCCCGAGGCCUUUCGGCGGCGAGAAACCGACGAGGGUGCAGGAGUUCAACAGGACCGGCGUGCUACACCCCGAGUACCAGAUACCGGCCACCCUUCGACCCGGUAAUGUGUCUCAGUUCUAUUACCUGAGUCCACGUGAAGGACCACCUCUCACGUUACUUGUUAGCCCUUGUAGUGGACCAAUAUCAUGGACCGUCAGUUACGUUGAACCACCAGAGAAUGCUGAAGAAACAGAUGGAACAAAAUCUCAAACACGAUGGCCUGUGAAGAGUUUAAAGCCAGGUUCCCCUCUUUUCUCGUAUGAAGGUGCGGAGGAUCAGAAUUUCACGAUAUCGAAAACACGCGCUGGCCUCUAUUGGUUCGAAAUUAAAUCCGUGCACCCUCCUGGUGCCAAUUUGGAAAAAUUGUUACCAAGCACGGUGCUUUUGUACGCGACGUCAAGCAACUUGAACCACAUCCCCCAAUUGUACGUAAAUGAAAAAGAAAAUCGUCAUCGUUCGUUAAGAUUUCAGCAACGAAGAAGCAAACGUCGACUUACAAUAUCUUGGAAUAAAAGCAACAUAGAUCCCCACCUCUCUCAUUAUUGUCUAGCCGUAACGUCGGGGUCUCAGCCUCACCCCUUGACCCUUUGUGCGGCGCAAAAUGUUCUUCGUGUUCACCCACAUCCGAUGAAAGGAAGCUCUGCUUCCAAGGAACAGCAACACCGCGGUAUUCCAGAAGGGCUUCAUUGCGUGCGUCAAACAAAAUUGACGCUUCACAGGAUGAAGUACGACACUACGUACAAUUUUACCUUAUACGUGGUAAAUACACGAAAUAAUGUAUCGAACCGUAUAGCGACUGAUACCAUAAAAUUUCGGAAAACAUCGGAGUUAAGAUUGCGCACUGGGCAUUAUAGCACAGCCAAUUUGCGUAAAACCGAUGGAUUCGUCAAUUUCUUUUAUCGUCCUCCGGCAAAUAUUUCGAGUAUCUUUUAUAUUCUUCCUUGCGGUGGCGGCAUCGUUAGAGCAAAAUUAAGUGCUCCAGGAAUUUUAAGGGAAAAGGAGGUAAUAGGAUAUGCAUCAUUAAGGGUACCACCUUUAACUUCAGGGAAAGGAUACACAUUACGGAUAUCCGCUACACCACAAGAAUUAGUACGAGUAUCUGCCAUUAAAGUACUAGCUACCCAAGAAUCGUCUGCCAUAUAUCCACAGAUUCCCACGAGAAGUAUACCACGUGAGUAUGGAUCCCUAAGAACUUGCCACGAGGUGACAGUAGGGGUGGAAUCAGCAGGUUCAGCCAAAUAUUGCAUCCUAGUGCGAGAAUUAAAGAGCGGCUCGUCUUUGGCCAGCAUGACAACUAUUCCAGACCAAUGUGGUCUUCAUCGUCGACGACGUUCCGAAUAUACUUUCGAGAUCUGCGAGGAAAAAGAAAAUCCGCCGAAAGAUCGAGCGCUUCCAUUUACCCUUAAGAGGUUGCAACCAGGAAAAGCUUAUCUCUUACAAAUCACAGCUCAAUUAAAAGGACAAUCUUUGUCUUAUCCCUUGUUAACCGUACGCACUCGACGUUCCUGUCUACCUUAAUAAUAAUGAUUCUCAUCAAAGAAAAUAGGAAUAAUCAAUGAUGAUCUUUGAAAAACGAAUAAUCUCGA